AUGGUUGCCACGCGCAGUCUGCAGCUUACCGUUAAGAAGACAACCCGGCAGCAGAAGACGCUGGAAGGACAGUUGCUCAUGGUGAAAAAUGGCGAGCGUACCGCUAUCUCAUCACGUGUAGCCGAACUCGACCAAAUUAUGCCACAGUAUCUGGGUGUGUCGAAAGCUGUGCUAGACUCAGUCAUUUUCUGCCACCAAGAUGAAAGUUUAUGGCCAAUGAGUGAACCUUCGGUGCUGAAAAAGCGCUUUGACGAGAUAUUCGAGGCCAUGAAGUACACAAAGGCCAUUGACAACAUCAAAGCUCUGCGAAAGAAACAAAACGAGGAGCUUGGCAAGUACAAGAUCAUGGAGCAGCAUUCAAAGGAGGACAAAGACAAGGCAGAUCGUGCCGAGAAACGAUCUGUGAAGCUUCAAGAUGAAAUCGAGGCUCUGCGCGAGGAGACUCAGCAGAUGUCCAAGGAGAUGAGGCGGGUUGCUGAGCUUGCCGAUAAGGCCUGGACACAAUCAGAAAGCUAUGCGCAGGUUCUCGGUGCUCUAGAAGGCAAGCGAAUCGAAGCAAAGAGUGUACAAACCACCAUCGACAACCUCAAGAGGCAUCUGGUUGAGCUUGAAGAGUCUGAUGAAUGGCUGGAAUCCACUUUGGAGCAAUUCGAGACGAAGCAGAUCCAAUACCAACAACAAGAAGAGUCCCAGAAGGAAAAUUACAUGGAAAUCAAGGAGCGGAUCGAACAGACUCGGCACCGGCUGGGCUUGAAGCAGGCAGAGAACGGAAAAUUCGAGAAUGACAAGGCCAAUUUCGAGCGUCAGGUCCAAAGACGUCAGAAAAUGAUUACUGAGAUUGCUCGCGGGAACAAUAUCCGCGGUAUCGAUGACACAAUGGAUCAAGCCGAUAUUGAUGCCUUCAUGCAGAAGAUCAAACGCCUUCUACGAGAGCAAAAUCAGUCCCUCGAUCGUGUCAAGCGUGAAGCGCAGAAAGAGCUGCGCGAGAUCCAGGAAACCUUAAAUGAGAUCGGGCAACGCAAGUCUGCGCUCCAGGAGAGCAAAAACUCAUCCAAACGUCAGAUUGCGGCCAAUGACAAGGAAGCGGCGACUUAUCAAGGAAAGCUCAACGCCAUUGAAGUUGAUGAGGGCUUCCAGGCUACUCUCGAGUCCAAUGUUGAAGGCAUUACCUCGAACUUAGAGAACGCGAAAGAGCGAGCCAAGAAUGCUACCUGGGAUCAAGAAAUCCAGGAUAUCAACACGGAAAUCCGUCGCCUCGAAGAUGAAAGUUCAAGAUUGAACACUGAAUUGAUCGAAUCGACUAAGAUGGCUGGUGAAUUGGCUCGCUUGGAUCACCUCAAGAAAGAGUCCAAGGACCGAGAGCGCAGCCUGCAGACCAUGAAAGGCGCUCAUGGCAAUCGCCUUGAGAAAGUCAUCGGUGCAGACUGGCAGCCAGAGACAUUGGAGCGUGGGUUCCAACAAGCUCUUGACAGCGAAUCAAAACAAGUGUCCGAUGCAGAGCGAGAACGUGAUGGCGUCAGCAGAGAACUCGAGCAUGUCGAGUUCAAACUCAAGACUGCCAAGAAGAAUCUUAAACAACGCCAGAAGGAACUUGAAGAUUGCGUCAAAGAACUACACGAAGCGGUUGAUGUCGAGCCGUCCGAGUAUCCUGAAAUUGUCCAAGAACGGCAAGCCCAGUAUGACCUUGCUCGCAAAGAUGCAGAUCAAUAUGCUGGAAUGGGAGAGUAUCUCACCAAGUGUCUUGACGCUGCCAAGCGAACCAAGUUGUGUCGGACAUGCCAGAGAUCGUUCAAGAACGAAAAUGAACUCCAGACCUUCACCAAGAAGCUAGAGGCUUUGGUGAAGAAAGCUGGUUUAGAUGCCGAGGAUGAGACUUUGAAGAGCCUCGAAGAAGACCUUGAGACUGCUCGCGGUGCUAGUGCAUCCUACGAUACCUGGAUUCGUCUGUCAGAGACGGAUAUCCCAGAACUGGAACAAGAAGAGCAAGCAUGUGAAGCGCAACGUGAUCAGCUUCUGGAGAAGUUGGAAAGUCACGACAGAACGGUCAGCGCCAAGACAGAGAGCAAGCGUGACGUCGAAGGGCUCGCCAAGACUGUUAACACCAUUGCGCGUUACGACGCUGAGAUCAAGACCAUCAAAUCCCAAAUCCAAGAGGUUUCCUCUAAGCAGCAAGAUACAACAAGUGCCCGCACCCUGCAGGACAUCCAGGAUGAGAUUGCUGCCAUCAGCGAAAAGUCCCGAGAGCUGAAGAAGGCUCUAGCCAAGGCGACAAAUGAGAAGGAACAGACGCGGUCUGAAAUCAACCGGCUGGAGCUUGAGUACAGAGAUGCGAAGAGCAGCCUGGACAACGCCAAAUUCCAACUUGAAAAGAAGGCUGAUCUGGUUGUUCGGAUGGAGGAGUUCAAGAGGCUCAACACUCAACAGAGAGAAGCAAUCGAAAAGGCGGAUAGAGACAUUGAAGCCCUCACGCCAGAAUUGCUUCAAGCCCAAGCGCGUUAUGAUGAUAUCAGCCAACGGGCUGACGAGCGCGAACGGGACCUGCAGCAUGAAAUUACUCGUCUGUCCGAGAACAUUCAUCAACUUGACCUCGCCAAUGACGACAUCAACUCGUACAAUGAGCGAGGGGGUCCAGAUCAACUUGAACAAAGCAAACAAGAGCUUGAAUUGAUCGAAGCAGAGAUCGGUAAACUCGAGGCUGAACAAAGCGAGAUUACAAAAGAAAUCAACAAGAUCUCGACCCAACUCAAGGACAGUGAGAACACAAAGCGGCAAUACUCCGAUAAUUUGACAUAUCGCCAAGCCACUCGAUCUUUAGACACAGUCAUGGAAGAGGUUGAGCAAUUGGAGGCGCAGAAUGCCGAGGUCGACCGUGGCCGUUUCAAGCAAGAGUCGGAGCGCUGGACUCGCGAGCACAAUGCGCUAGCUGCCAAGCAGGCGAGCAAAAUGGGUGAAAUGAAGUCCAAGGACGACCAGCUGAUGCAACUGCUGGCCGAUUGGAAUACAGACUACAAAGAUGCGGCUUCCAAGUACAAGGAGUCGCACAUCAAGGUCGAAACCACCAAAGCCGCGGUCGAAGAUCUUGCUCGCUAUGGUGGAGCCCUCGAUAAAGCAAUCAUGCGCUACCACGGUUUGAAGAUGGAAGAAAUCAACGCCAUCGUUGGCGAGCUCUGGCAGAAGACCUACCGCGGAACGGAUGUCGACACAAUCCUCAUCCGGUCCGACAACGAGAACGCCAAGGGGAACCGAUCCUACAACUACCGCGUGUGCAUGGUCAAGUCAGGCGCAGAGAUGGACAUGCGAGGACGUUGCAGCGCAGGCCAAAAGGUCCUAGCUAGUAUCAUCAUUCGCCUUGCUCUUGCUGAAUGUUUCGGGGUCAAUUGCGGUCUCAUUGCUCUCGAUGAACCCACCACAAACCUGGACCGAGAUAAUAUUCGCUCCCUGGCUGAGUCGCUGCAUGACAUUAUCCGUACUCGUCAGCAGCAGGCGAAUUUCCAGUUGAUUGUCAUCACUCACGACGAGGAAUUCCUGCGUCACAUGCAAUGUGGUGACUUUAGUGACUACUAUUACCGGGUUUCGCGCAAUGAGAGACAGAAGUCGAUUAUUGAGCGGCAAUCCAUUGCUGAGGUCAUGUAA